AUGCAUAAAAAGAAGGCAUCUACACCUCCUGCCAUACAGAAGGUAUCUACACCUCCUGCCAUACAGAAGGCAUCUACACAUCCUGCCAUACAGAAGGUAUCUACACAUCCUGCCAUACAGAAGGUAUCUACACCUCCUGCCAUACAGAAGAAGGCAUCUACACCUCCUGCCAUACAGAAGGCAUCUACACCUCCUGCCACACAGAAGGCAUCUACACCUCCUGCCAUACAGAAGGCAUCUACACCUCCUGCCAUACAGAAGGUAUCUACACAUCCUGCCAUACAGAAGGCAUCUACACAUCCUGCCAUACAGAAGGCAUCUACACCUCCUGCCAUACAGAAGGCAUCUACACCUCCUGCCAUACAGAAGGCAUCUACACCUCCUGCCAUACAGAAGGCAUCUACACAUCCUGCCAUACAGAAGGCAUCUACACAUCCUGCCAUACAGAAGGCAUCUACACCUCCUGCCAUACAGAAGGCAUCUACACCUCCUGCCAUACAGAAGGUAUCUACACAUCCUGCCAUACAGAAGGCAUCUACACAUCCUGCCAUACAGAAGGCAUCUACACAUCCUGCCAUACAGAAGGCAUCUACACAUCCUGCCAUACAGAAGCACACCGCCAUCGGCGUCCUCGUCGAUCACCGGUCAGAACACUGCCAUCGGCAUCCUCGUCGAUCACCGGUCAGCACACCGCCAUCGGCGUCCUCGUCGAUCACCGGUCAGCACACCGCCAUCGGCGUCCUCGUCGAUCACCGGUCAGCACACCGCCAUCGGCGUCCUCGUCGAUCACCGGUCAGAACACUGCCAUCGGCAUCCUCGUCGAUCACCGGUCAGCACACCGCCAUCGGCGUCCUCGUCGAUCACCGGUCAGCACACCGCCAUCGGCGUCCUCGUCGAUCACCGGUCAGCACACCGCCAUCGGCGUCCUCGUCGAUCACCGGUCAGAACACCGCCAUCGGCGUCCUCGUCGAUCACCGGUCAGCACACCGCCAUCGGCGUCCUCGUCGAUCACCGGUCAGCACACCGCCAUCGGCGUCCUCGUCGAUCACCGGUCAGAACACUGCCAUCGGCAUCCUCGUCGAUCACCGGUCAGCACACCGCCAUCGGCGUCCUCGUCGAUCACCGGUCAGCACACCGCCAUCGGCGUCCUCGUCGAUCACCGGUCAGCACACCGCCAUCGGCGUCCUCGUCGAUCACCGGUCAGAACACCGCCAUCGGCGUCCUCGUCGAUCACCGGUCAGCACACCGCCAUCGGCGUCCUCGUCGAUCACCGGUCAGCACACCGCCAUCGGCGUCCUCGUCGAUCACCGGUCAGCACACCGCCAUCGGCGUCCUCGUCGAUCACCGGUCAGCACACCACCAUCGGCGUCCUCGUCGAUCACCGGUCAGAACACCGCCAUCGGCGUCCUCGUCGUUCUGCUGCUGUUUUAA